AUGAACACAGCAAAGGCCCAACAGCUGAUCAGCAGUAUCUUUGAUCAGUGGGCAGAUCAGUACUCUCUCAAUCUGGCUAAGGCUAUGGGACAGCCUAGUCCUGCAGGCUGGAAAGACCCCAAGUAUCCAAGUACAAGUCCAGCCUAUUCGGAAGAAAGAUUGGCUCAUGAAGCUUUGCAAUUAGAAAAGCGUUUGAGCUUACUGUCCCAUACAAGUCGCCAGGGAAGUGGAGGAGAUGACAGAAGUCUUUCAAGCUCAUCUUCAGAUACCAGCCACUCGGAUGUUAGUGUUGGGAGCAGAUUAACAAUUUGGCCUGAACAAUCUUCAGCCAGCACUUCUCAAGAGAGUCAUGGACUGGCAUCUGCCAAGGGCAUUCAUCUUGGGGAAGAAAAGACCCUUCCAGAAGGGGCACGUGGCACCACAAAACCACCUCCAAAGCCCCUCCGGUCCAGACAGCUACAGGAAAUAGGUCGUCAGAGUUCUUCUGACAGUGGAAUAGCUACUGGUAGUCACUCUUCUUACUCUGGAAGCUUUUCUUCCUAUGCUGGGAGCUUGGACAUUUGCCACGGUGAUGAGUUUGGAUCACUGCUAAGCUUGCCAUUGAACUUUCCUUCGGAUCAGAAUUUAUGUACUUGUCCUCACAGCGAGCCUCAGAGAGGUGCGGGACCAGAGUAUCAGGUUCCCAGCUCUCUCAGACAUAUUUAUGAUAAACCCAGGAGUUUUUUACAGGCAGCUUCUAAAGAUGUGCAACCGAAGAGUGCAGAUUCCAUGCUACCCAAGGACCAGGCCCUGUCACCUCAAGGUGCUAGUGACCCAAAACUGCUACUGCCACACUUGGAAGCACGCAGGGUACCCGAGCACAGCCAGGACAGAGGGAGACCUUCAUCCUUACUCGCAGAAAGCAGCAAGGACUCAAGUGAUGAGACAUAUGUGGAUGUUGUUGCGAGGUGGUCAGACACAAAACCACAAGGACAGGUGUCAGACUCCAAAAGUAGUGAGUUGUCACCACCUAGUGGGGCCUCAGCUGGCCCCUGUGACACAUGUAGCCCCCACCUUGGGAUGACAAGAGCUCUUUUUUCAGCUUGUCCAAUCUGUGGUGGACUAAAGGGAACAGCAAUAUCACAGUCUGGAGUCUUACCAGCUAUACCAGGUGGUGCUUCUGUCAUGGCAGCUUCUGGGUCUUUGAAAAUACACAGAGGACACAGUCUCCAAGCUGGUCCUAAAGGUGGUCAUGAGAUGCUGACACUUCCUGCAGAACCAGGAACUCCUACUAGCCCCGAGGAACCUGAAGGAGCAGUGGGUUAUUCAGCUGAUGUCGCUGCAUCAGAUCGACCUCACAGCGAGACAGCCACCUAUGUUAAUAUUCCUGUCAGCCCUACUUCCAAAAAACAGCUUCAUUACAUGGAACUGGAACUUCAAGAACCCAGCACAAGCAUAAGAGGGAGUGGAUCAUCCCGAUAUGCACAGAUUGACAUUGCAGCCACCGAGACAGCGCACAAGGUGGGAACGCAGCAUGCUCAGUGCCGGGAGGAACGCUUGCAGGAGCUAGAGCAAAAGAAGAAAGGGGCUCAGCAAUGA